AUGGCUGACCCUCCUGUGUCCAUCGGACCAGUGCGGCCCUGUCCCACACCUUACUCAUCAUUGAGAGCCUUAAGAAGCUAUUUUGUCCUUUGCAUCAAGGAGAAGAAUCUCCCUUCCCAAGUUUCUUCCAAGGUGAACUCCAGUUGGCACCCAGCAUCCUCCUUCUCUUCAUCUUCAGUGCCAACUGUAAAGCUUUUCAUUGAUGGGAAAUUUAUUGAAUCCAAAAGUGACAAAUGGAUGGACAUCCACAACCCCGCCACCAAUGAGGUCAUUGGUCGGGUCCCUCAAGCCACCAAGGCUGAAAUGGAUGCAGCAGUUUCUUCCUGCAAACGUGCUUUUCCUGCAUGGGCAGACACUUCAAUAUUAAGCCGUCAGCAGGUCCUGCUCCGCUAUCAACAACUCAUUAAAGAAAACUUGAAAGAAAUUGCCAGGUUAAUCACGCUGGAACAAGGGAAGACCCUAGCGGAUGCCGAAGGAGAUGUAUUUCGAGGCCUUCAGGUGGUUGAGCAUGCCUGCAGUGUGACAUCCCUCAUGCUGGGAGAGACCAUGCCAUCCAUCACCAAAGACAUGGACCUUUAUUCCUACCGUCUGCCUCUGGGGGUGUGUGCAGGCAUUGCUCCGUUCAAUUUUCCUGCCAUGAUCCCCCUUUGGAUGUUUCCCAUGGCCAUGGUAUGUGGAAAUACCUUCCUAAUGAAACCAUCAGAGCGAGUCCCUGGAGCAACUAUACUUCUUGCCAAGUUGCUUCAGGACUCUGGUGCCCCUGACGGAACACUGAAUGUCAUCCAUGGACAACAUGAAGCUGUAAACUUUAUUUGCGAGCAUCCUGAUAUCAAAGCAAUCAGCUUUGUGGGAUCCAACCAGGCAGGAGAGUACAUCUUUGAGAGAGGGUCAAGACAUGGCAAGAGAGUUCAAGCCAAUAUGGGAGCCAAAAACCAUGGGGUAGUCAUGCCAGAUGCCAAUAAGGAAAAUACUCUGAACCAGCUCGUUGGGGCAGCAUUUGGAGCCGCUGGUCAGCGCCGCAUGGCUCUUUCAACAGCGAUCCUUGUGGGAGAAGCUAAGAAGUGGCUGCCAGAGCUGGUAGAGCGUGCCAAAAAGCUGAGAGUCAAUGCAGGAGACCAGCCUGGAGCUGAUCUUGGCCCUCUGAUCACCCCCCAGGCAAAAGAGCGAGUCUGCAAUCUGAUUGAUAGUGGAACAAAGGAAGGAGCUUCCAUCCUUCUUGAUGGGCGAGAUAUUAAAGUCAAAGGUUAUGAAAAUGGGAACUUUGUUGGGCCAACCAUCAUCUCAAAUGUCAAGCCAAAUAUGACCUGUUACAAAGAGGAGAUUUUUGGCCCAGUUCUUGUAGUUCUGGAAACAGACACUUUGGAUGAAGCCAUCAAGAUCGUAAAUGACAACCCAUAUGGAAAUGGAACUGCCAUCUUCACCACCAAUGGAGCCACUGCUCGGAAAUAUUCCCACCUGGUAGAUGUCGGACAGGUCGGGGUGAAUGUGCCCAUUCCAGUGCCUUUGCCAAUGUUCUCAUUCACUGGCUCUCGAGCUUCCUUCAGGGGAGACACCAAUUUCUAUGGCAAACAGGGCAUCCAGUUCUACACUCAGCUAAAAACUGUAACUUCACAGUGGAAAGAAGAAGAUGCUUCUCUUUCCUCACCUGCUGUAGUCAUGCCUACCAUGGGCCGUUAGAAAUGAGUUUGUUCUGGACUCAGUCCAUCCUGAGUAAUUGCCCUUUAUUCUUGACCAACUCCAACUGCCAACUUUGCUCAGAUCAGAUCCCUGGGAUUGGAAUACUAUGUAACUAAAAUCUUUCACAGGACCAUUAUCCCCUGUUAAGUAGCUAAUAGGGAGACUCCUAGUGUCAUUCUGAAACCAGAUUUUCACUUGCUCUUCAUAAUUUUAUUUUUGAGGUCACUGUUCUAACUGUGAAAUGCUUCUCUGGAAUAAGAGCUUAGACCUGAUUUCUAAAAAUU